AUGCCAUAUAUCUCAAUUGCUCUCUUUGCUGGCUGGCUUUCUGACCCCAUCAAUGAAAUCCUGGGUCGUCGUGGCACUAUCUUCAUUGCCGCAAUUUUCAGUAUUCUUGCGCCCAUCGGAUCCGGUCUUACACAUACCUGGCCGCAGCUGGCGAUUUGCCGUAUCAUGCUUGGUAUUGGUAUGGGCCUGAAAGAAGUCACUGUUCCGGUCUUCUCAGCAGAGAACACUCCCGCCAAUAUUCGUGGUGGUUUGGUCAUGUCCUGGCAGGUAUGGACGGCGUUUGGUAUCUUCCUUGGAACUUGCGCCAAUCUGGCUGUGGUCAACGUUGGAAAAAUCACCUGGCGUUUGCAACUGGGCUCCGCCUUCAUUCCAGCUGUUCCACUUGCUCUCGGCAUCUUCUUCUGCCCCGAAUCACCACGUUGGCUGCUUAAGAAGGGCAAAUAUCUCAAAGCGUACCAGUCAUUGCUCCGCCUCCGAAACACUCCUCUCCAGGCAGCCAGAGAUCUGUACUAUAUCCAUGCGCAGCUUGUCCAUGAGCAGGUUCUUCUCGAGGAAUCUGGUGUCGCUAAGAAUAAUAACUUCUUCACCCGGUUUAUUGAGCUGUUCACUAUUCCCCGUGUUCGGCGUGCCACCCAGGCUUCCGGUAUUGUUAUGAUUGCACAACAGAUGUGUGGAAUCAACAUUAUUGCGUUUUAUUCCGCGUCAAUUUUUGAACAGGCCGGAGCCAGCAACAUCGAAGCUCUGCUUGCCUCCUUUGGAUUCGGAUUGGUGAAUUUCGUCUUCGCUUGGCCUGCGGUAUGGACCAUCGAUACCUUCGGUCGACGAGGCCUGUUGAUCUUCACAUUCCCUCAAAUGUUCUGGACCCUGCUGGCAGCCGGAAUGUGCUUCUACAUCCCAGAAAGCAACAAGGCACAUCUCGGACUCAUCGCCUUCUUCGUAUACCUGUUUGCGGCCUUUUAUUCUCCCGGUGAGGGUCCUGUGCCAUUCACUUACUCUGCCGAGGUGUUCCCACUUUCACACCGUGAAGUUGGCAUGUCCUGGGCUGUCGCGACCAACAACUUCUGGGCCUCUGUUCUUGCGCUUACCUUCAGACGGUUAAUCCGUGCAUUCACACCAACCGGUGCAUUUUGUUUCUAUGCUGGGCUCAACCUCAUCGCGUUGGUGUUGAUCUUCCUCUUCCUGCCCGAGACCAAACAGCGCACCCUGGAGGAACUCGACUACGUCUUCGCCGUCCCGACUCGCACUCACGCCAAGUACCAGCUCACCACGGUGCUUCCUUGGUGGUUCAAGAGAUAUAUUUUGAUGCGCAAGCAUGCUGUGUGCCCGGAGUUGUAUCAUCUAGAUGCUCCUGCUCAAGCAGAGCAGCUCAGGGAACGUCGCGUCGAGCAAUCGAAGGCAUGA